GGUUGGUUUUGGUGUUUGUUUUGUGAAAGUUGUGGGCUUGCUUACCGCGGUUGGUCGGCCAUCUCUGUGUGAAAUAACAUCAAAUUCCAACAACUUUGUGUAUGUAUAUUUUAAUUUGUUAAAGAACUACCUCUUUCGCGUGGAAAACUUUACAAAAGCGUUCAGUAAACUUUAAGUAAUAAUUCGUGAUAAAUUCGAGAUUUGUAACCGGAGAUUUGCCCGUGAAAAACCAACCCGAUUUGCACCAGUGCCACUUCUAGGAAAACCCACAUCGUAGUGACGCAACGGAAACCCUUGAAGCCGAUUUUCUGGAUAAAAGUGUAGUUUAUGUGACUAAAUUUCGCGACAAUGCGCCCCCAUUUGCCCCAAUAAGAUUAGCAAAUGACCUGGAAUAGUCUGUUUUCGAGCCGUAGCGACACUUGCCUUGCUGUUAUCGCGAGUCGUGUCGAGUGCAGUAAAUGGCUAAUAACAGCGAUAGAUGGUAUUUCACGAAAGACCAAUUGGACGCUACGCCCUCAAGGAAAUGCGGAUAUGAUAGCUACAAGGAGCUGUCCUACAGACAGCAGACUGCCAAUUUCAUCCAGGACAUGGGACAGAGGCUCAAAGUUUCACAAUUAUGUAUCAACACCGCCAUCGUAUACAUGCAUCGGUUCUAUGUAUUCCACUCUUUUACCCAAUUUCCCUGGCACCAAAUGGCGGCGGCGGCAUUGUUUCUAGCCGCCAAAGUAGAAGAACAACCGAGGAAAUUAGAAUACGUUAUUAGAGUUGCCAAUAUGUGCAGAAAUAAUCGAGAUACAAAUAUCGACGUAAAUUCGGAAAGGUAUCAAACUCUGUCACAGGAUUUAGUAUUUAAUGAAACUGUCUUACUCCAAACGUUGGGUUUUGAUGUCGCAAUCGACCAUCCACACACCCACGUUGUAAGAUGUUGUCAUCUUGUUCGUGCCAGUAAGGAUUUAGCACAGAGUUCAUAUUUCUUGGCCAGCAACAGCUUGCAUCUUACCACAAUGUGCCUCCAAUACAAACCGACUGUAGUAGCUUGCUUUUGCAUUCAUUUAGCGUGUAAAUGGUCAAGUUGGGAAAUACCGUUGUCCACCGAAAAGAAAGAAUGGUUUCUGUACGUGGAUCCAACAGUAACAUCCGAAUUACUCCAACAACUCACCACCGAGUUUCUGAGUAUAUUUGAAAGUUGUCCUUCUCGACUCAAAGAGAAAAUCAUGAGUAUCGGUGAUAACGGAAUGCAUAAUUGCUCUACGACUAUCACGAAUUCACCUUUCGAUACUGAUCCGAAAAAGAUUGUCAGUUCGGACCAGAAAGACCAACAUCCACAUCGAACACACGAGAGUAAAACAGGAUCAGAAAGUGACCCCCACAAGCACCGAUCUUCCAGACCUCACGAAUCGGCUACGACCAGUCAGCAACAACGCGAGAGAGAGUAUCGCGAAAAGAAAGAAAGGGAGAAACUAGCUCAGCAACAACACGGCAUGAAAGUGCCGCCCCCGGGGGCUGCCAAACCGGCAGUGCCUCAUGGGCAUCACCGUCCCCCCGUGGACCCCAAAUUGAAGCAACCUCACUCAAGGCCGUCUUCAUCACACCCACCCCCUGCCCGAACUGAGCCCCGCGAUAUCCUACGGGAAGCGGCUAGAGACUCGCCAUUUGGCAUAGCAACCAAAGACUUUAAUAAAAAUGAGAAAGACGUUCCGAAAACGCGCGAUUAUCUACUAAAACCGAAUGUGGUAGCGGAAACGAACAAUUACUAUAACGGUGAUAAAAAUCGGCCGCCUCCGAAUAAAGUUCCCGUGAAACAUGAACAGGUUCGAAGGCACGACGAAAAGUCGUUUGUUAAGCCGGAAAGUGAAGUGAAAAGACCGCAUAGUGUGCCAGGACAUGAUAGGAAUAGUGUUUAUUUAAGUAAAUCGAUGAACUCUACCUCGCAAAAAGUCAAGUCGCCUUUAGACACAUCGAAAUCCGUCCUCAAGUCGGGUGUGGGGCAAGCCCCGCCACCGCCGCCGCCGCCGGUCAAACCGCACCACCAUAACGGGAGUAGUGCAUUUAACGCCCCCGUUAAGGAGGAGGUGUUAAAAGAAGAAGAGAAGGUGAAAGAGGAGUUAAAUCCUGUCAAGAAACCUAGUCUUUUCUCACCGGAGAAAAAAUCUCCGAGUCCGAUUCAAAUAAAAUCGGAAGCGAUGCUUUCCCCUCUUGAAUCACCGACAAAUGUUAGUAAAAGAGUCAGGAAUUAUUCGACUGGUUCGGAGCCCGAAUUGAGGCCGGUUUUAAAGAAAAUAGACCAAGUUGAAGGUUUCGAGAAUUUGAUGAGGGAUUCCACGAUUGGAAUCAAUAAACUUCACCAAAUUCCCGAUAUCAUUACUCCGAUAACAGACGUGAAGCAUGAACGUGAAGAACCCCCAAUUAGUUUUUCCAAAGAAAUGAAACCCCCCGAUAUUAUUCCACCUUUGUGUUCUGAUAACAACAUAUCGACCUCUCAACCGAUUGUCAAUGGCAUCGAAACAAAUCCGAUGCUUAUUAGUAGUUUACUAAAAGAAGCGCCAUCAGUACCUCAUUUACCAGUGGUUGCAAGUACAGUUCCGAAAGUUGAACCACCCGUCGAAAUCAAAGAACAUCACCACAAAAGUAAAAAGAAAAACAAAGAGAAACACAAACAUAAAGACAAAGAUAAGAGUAAAGAGGAGAAAGAGAAGAAAAAGAAACACAAGGAUAAAGAUAGGGAAAAGCACAAACAUAAAGAGAAACAUGAGACGGUGGUCGAACCAGCGGCCGAACCAAUCAAAAUCAAGAUACAGAAAGACAAGAUCCAGCAAAUGCCGAAUCCUAUCAAGAUAAAGAUCCCGAAAGAUGUGAUAAAGACUGAGGAGAAUCCAGCGCCGGCGCCGAUUGGUCUCAAAAUCAAGAUCCCGCGCGAGAUUAUCAAUAACUGCAAUCCUGAGCACGAGAAAAGCCGAAAGCGGGAACGAGACCGCGGCAGUCCGGCUGAGGGCCCCCCAGCGAAGCUCUCCCGAAGCAAGGAUUCCAAACAGAAUGGGAGACAUUCGUAUAAUAAGGUAAGCGAAUAUAGUAAGAGUAGUGCGGUGGCACAGCCGCCCCCCGUGUCGUCGGCCUAUCACAACGUGCCGCCGCCGAUGUAUCCGCAAAACAUGUACUAUUUUCCGCCGCAUAUGGGGGUGGGUCAGUAUAUGUAUCCGGAAGGUCAGAUGUACAAUUUUUAUAAUGGGGGAUACGCGUUUCCGGCGGAAAUGUAUCAGCAAGCGCCGCCGCUGCCACCCCCGGCAGGGUCCAACCCGCCCUUGCCGAUGGACGCGCCGCCUGACAUACCGCCCCCACCGCCUCCGGAGUAAAUGGUUGUGAUUUGUGUGCAAUUAUACAGGGAUUUUCGGACCUCGUGUUAGUUAGGAUAACGUGAUAUGAAGGGUUUAGAGAAAUUUGUAAAUAAUUUAUAGGAGUGCAAUUUUUUAUCAAUUUAUAUACUUUUUAGAAUUGUAUCGUGUUUUUGUUAUUUUUUCUUUCUGGUAGAUAUUACUUUGUUGAAUUGUAUCUAUGUAGUUUAUCUUGUAAUUUUAAGCACUUUUUAUAGUCUUAACACACUCUUUUAUUUAUUAAUUCAAUAAAUAAGUCGACAAUGAAUGAUUCUUUUUUUGACUUUGUGUAGUUUUGUGCAUGUGUUUUUCAUUUUCUGUUUUUUUUUUUGUGAUGCUCAUUGCAUGGUCAUAACUAACUCUUGUUCAUCACUAACGUGACCAGCUUACGUGUGAAUGUUGGACCUAGGAAGGUCAUUAUAUGGUUAUUUGGUGCUUUGCAGGUGACACAACUGGGUGAUGGCGAUGCGUCCAUACAUAGGUUGGCCGAAUCUAAGUAUAUCAACAAGAGUUCAUCGUAGUAAUUGCGACAAACGUUAAAAUGUGUUAAAAUCAGCCUAAUGUAUAUAGUAGAAAACUUUUUUUUAUUUAGAAAAAAAUGUUUUAGAUUUUUUAUGUUUAUAUAAUGUAAUGGCUGAUUGCAAUACUGUUACACUAUUUUGUUAAUUAAAUUAUUUUGUAUGACCUCUCAUUUUGUUAUUAAUAAAUAUACAAAAAGUGAAA